UCUUUUAUAAAUAAAAAGAUUGGAUACCCCUGCAUUUCAGCUUAGUACAGUUGUUCACGUGCAAGUGAAACAAUCUCAUCUUAAGAGAAAUUAUAAGAAGGAGCAGAAUGAAUUUAUUAAUAUUAUUCUUAAUCCCACUGGUAACUAGUUUACCACAAUCAUCCCCAGGACAAACUUACACAAAAUUAUCCGAAGAGCAAAUAAAACAUCUUCAAAAUCGUGGUUUUGGUCCAACCGCAUCUACAGCAUUUCGACCUACAUCGAAUUACGAAGAUGAUAAAGAAGAAGAAUUAGAAGAAGAUGAUGAUACUGAAGUGGCUUCUUCACAAGCGAGAGUUCCAAUUUAUUCCGAUGAUAAUUAUCCGGUGCAAAACACGAUUCCCGUUCAACAAAGACCGCAAAAUCGACCGCAAACUCAAAUUGUACAAAGAAAACCGCCGCAGUAUAGACCUCAGUAUGGUGAUGUAGGUCAAGAAGUUGAUGGGAAAAAGAAAGACGAAAAAGAGGAAGAAGAGGAACCGGACAGGCUUUCUAUUUUAUUACCGCAAACUAAGUUUAAUUGUCAAGGAAGAAAUACUGGUUAUUAUGCUGAUGAGGAAUUGGGAUGUGAAGUUUUUCAUUAUUGUCAAGAUAAUGCAAGACACUCAUGGAUUUGUCCCGAAGGAUUUACGUUCCAUCAAGUUCAUUUAAUAUGCAUGCCGCCCGGUGGUGAUAAUAUUUGUGAAAAAUCCUCGCAGUUCCAUUUCGUCAACGAAUAUUUAUAUAGACCGAUUAAUUUACAAGAACAUCAAUCUAAACCGAAUGUUACUUUAAAAUAUUCUGAUCGAUAUUAUCCCGAAAAUUAUUACAGUUAUGAUGAAGAUGAUGAGCCACCACAGAGACCAAGACAACAGGUAAAAGAAGAACAAAGACAAGUUAUUGUUCGAAGACCCACUUUAAGACCUGAAACGACAAUCGGACAAGUUUAUAGAAAUCCGGAAGAGAUUAACAUUUCUUUACAGCAAAGAAGGCCCCAAUAUGUAACACAACGAUACAAUGUCGAGUAUUAAAAAAUAAGUGAUUAUUGUGUUUCUCUUUAAUUUUUAUUUAUUUUUUUAAUACUACGAUUUGUUAUAUGUAUUUUAUGUACUAAUGGAUAGAUUUUAAUAAAAUUAGGAAUAAUUUGGUUAAAUUUA